CCUCUGUGCUAACUCCGCUAACAUGCACUAUCACAACCAGAUAUCAAAUUCGUACAAUGCAUUAGACCCCACACACAAUCUCAGUCGAGAUCUCAACUCACAGUCGCCGUUUGGGAGAUAUCGUUCAGCUUGUACCCCGCGACCACACCCGACCUCUACGCUCAGGUUCUCUAUCGACCGUGGGCUCAGACCUAUAUCCGAAUCUCUGACCCGACAAAAUAACAUCGGAGCGAUUUUGUCGUUCACCUGUUCUCGAGCAAAGUCGCCAACAUGCUGGCAAAGGCCACAUACAACCCGUUGGGCCUGCAAUCCACGCAAACACCAACGACUUCUUAUUACACUGGCUCGUUGCAGAAGGCUGGUGGUCAUGGUGAUCCCCAGGGUGGCAUGUUGUUUACCAGUCCGACGGAGUCAGAAUUUUCGGAUCCGCCCGACGGCCUUGACGCUGUACGGUCAUGGGAUGAGAAGCAGGUGGUUGCCUGGCUUCAUAGCAUAAAUUGUGGUCAAUACGAAGCUCUGUUCAAAGCGAACAAUGUUAACGGUAACAAUCUAAUCGAAUGUGAUCAAAAAAUACUUCAAGAAAUGGGCAUCAAGAAAAUCGGUGACCGCGUCCGCAUCUUCGUCGCAAUCAAGCAACUGAGGAAUAAGUCAGUCCUCAACCGAAAGCAAAGAACGAUGAAUCAAUUGGCUGCGCUGGAAUCCGUAUCUUACACAGCUCCCUCAUCCGGGACAUCACGCCAAUCCAAUCAGCGACCAACAACGAGUACACGCCGCAUGUCUCGAGCCGCUGAAAGUAGCUCUCAUAGCUACUCCGCCGGCCGGUCAUCGUCGCGACCCGGAUCGCCUUUGCGUGCUCAACAGUAUGUCGCAAGCAGUCCAAUGGAAACCGGGCGGAAGGAGCAGGGUCCAGGGUACUUUAGCCAUCCCUCAUCUGCCGGGUCGAUGACCAGCCGAAAGCCAAGCACUCCCAGCGAAAAUGGUCACAACAAUCGAAAUGGCUCGCAUUUGAGACAGAACCCUAGCCUCGAUGGCUUGACGAUGGGACAGUUGCCGACGAACUCGCCCGUCAUCAGAGUGAUAUACACUGGUGGUCAGACCAAAGUGCUUGACAUCAAACAUUGCAAAACAGCAGAUGAAAUCAUCCUGUGCGUUCUAAAGAAACUACAGCUUCCGGAGCAUCAGUAUCGCAAUUAUUGCUUCUAUGUGAUGGAUGGCCUAGAACCUGAUCCCUCCAACUGCAGAAGACUUGCGGACCAUGAGCUUAUGGAAAUCUGCGAAAGCAGUCACAGGCCGGAGCGCGGCCGUCUUAUUCUUCGCAAGAUCCAUGCUGGAGAACCAGAUACGGAUGAGCUCCGUCGGGCUUCUCAGUUCGCGGUAGAUGAAAGUCAGGUUGCUCACAUGAACGCCUUGAGCAGUUCGAAUGUGCGCAACCAACUCAAAAUUCAGCAGUUAACUGGUGAGUCUUGGCUUAACAUCAGACAGCCGAUGUCUCCUGUCUCGUCUCGACAGAAUUUGACACCGAGUGAGCAUGAAGGGCGGUCCGUCAACAUGGAACGCCCUUCUCCUUCUGCUGCCAAGUUGCGGUCGUUCUUCGGUGCUCGACCUCCAAGUGAGAUGAUUAUCCACGAGAUUACAUCGUACUUCCCAAGUCAUCACCGGGAGGAUAUUGAGAAGACGAUGCGUAUGUCUGUCCGGAGGUCGCAGCGCUUGAGCCGUGCAGCAAGUCGCCUUAGUGUUGUCAGCAAUACUAGCUAUGCGUCUAGUCUGAGGGACGCGCCGCCAAUGCCAAGCAUAGCAGAUACCUGGCUCAACGCCGGAGGAACACCGACCCGUGCAUCGAGACCUCUCUCCGUGUCCAAAUUCAGUCUCCCGUCAACAACCUACAGAGAUUCCAUCGCCUCCAGCUCCUUACAACCACUACAAGAAGAGUCGCCAAUCGAGCCGAAUCGCAAAUCAUAUGUUUCGUUCGAUAGUGGUUCUGAUGAUCCUACAACCUCCCGUCAGAGUCUUCUCGAUGAGAAUGCAAGUGUCGCUGCAACUGACGGCGGCUCGCUCAAUGAACGAUUGAGUAUUCUUGUGGCUGAAGAUGGGGAAGAGGAGGAUGAUGGUCUCAACGACUUCUUGGCAGGAAACAAUUUCGCCCCGAAGAACUGGAUGAAAGGUUCUUUGAUUGGAGAGGGCUCUUUCGGCAGCGUGUUCCUCGCACUACACGCGAUCACUGGAGAGCUCAUGGCCGUCAAGCAAGUCGAGAUUCCCUCUGCGACCAAGGGGACGGAGUUCGACAAGCGCAAGAACAGCAUGGUCACCGCGCUUAAGCACGAGAUUGAACUUUUGCAAGGAAUGCACCAUCCCAACAUCGUGCAGUAUUUGGGUACCGCUGCUGACGACCAGUAUCUGAAUAUCUUCUUGGAAUAUGUGCCAGGAGGAUCUAUUGCCACCAUGUUAAAGCAGUACAACACCUUCCAGGAGCCUCUGAUCAAGAAUUUUGUUCGACAGAUCUUGGCGGGGUUGUCCUAUCUCCACAGCUGUGACAUCAUUCAUCGUGAUAUCAAGGGCGCCAACAUCCUUGUAGAUAACAAGGGAGGCAUCAAAAUCUCCGAUUUUGGUAUCUCAAAACGGGUGGAAGCAUCGACUCUUCUUGGUGCUCGUGCCAGUGGCACCGGUGGAGGUCACCUGCACCGCCCCUCACUUCAGGGCAGUGUCUACUGGAUGGCACCGGAAGUGGUUCGUCAGACGGCACACACGAAGAAGGCCGACAUCUGGAGUCUGGGCUGUCUGGUGGUGGAAAUGUUCAUCGGGGCCCAUCCCUUCCCCGACUGUAGUCAGUUGCAAGCCAUUUUCGCUAUUGGCAGCAAUAAAGCCCGACCGCCGGCCCCUGAGCAUGCCAGCCCGGAGGCCGUGGAUUUCCUGGACCAGACAUUCCAAGUCGACUACGAACAGAGGCCGUCAGCGGACGAAUUACUGACCUGCCCUUUCUUGAAGACUCCUCUUGCCGGAUAGUGUCCUGUCGGUUCUAUGGACGACGGCUCCUUUACUCUUCACAUUUUUCUUUCCUAUAUUGUUAUUGGUUGGCUUUGAUAUUUCAAUACCCCUUUGUUUUGCGUGGCCUUAGUCUACUUGUUUAAUUGCAUGUUUGGGUUUAUUGCACUCUCUUUGACUUCUGGUGUUUGCAUUUGCAUCUUGUUUGUGGCCCACUUGGCUAGGACGAGCAUGUUAACGACUGUCGAUUCUCUGGACACGGCAAAAGUGAUCUACAUGGCGUGUACAAAAGCAUUCGGCAUGUUCUACCGAGGAAUAGGUUCCUACUGGUUCCUUGUAAUUAAUGUCAUGGCUUCUUGGAAUGUGAGGAAGUCUAAUCAAUUUGCGCCGGAGAGAAAGCACCUUACGAAAGGGUA